CUCGAAGCAGUCAAGACCUGACGAGUCAAAUUCUCUCGACUCAAAAUGGAAUACAACCAGAAUGUCCCAAAAGAAAAAUUCGCCGUCUGGUCCUGGGGGCACAAAAGACUACCGGCGCAGAAAGGUGUUGUCUCCUAUCAGAUUGCUCCGAACCGCGUUAGUCAAGAGACGAUUCUCUAUAACAAGGGCGGUGUGUUCAACAUGAUCCGGAGGUCCCGAAAUCAAUUCCUCUACGUCGUGCCUCCCUUCGUUGCGGCGUACUUUCUAAUGAGUUGGGCUGAAGAAAGGAAUCAUUACCUCAAUUCUAAAGAAGGUAGAGCGUUAUUUGGAGACGAUGCUGAGUGAGGACUUCGGGAAAUGUAAAAUACCGCCAGAUGAUUUAGAUCGUCGACUUGCUCGAAGUGUUCCAUUUGUGCUUCUUUCUAGACUAUAUGCAUAAAAGAAGCUACAGUGCGUUAAAUCCCUCGAGGGAUUGUACAGCUGUCUUAAACCUCAAAUUGAAUGAAUAUGCGAGUUCUGAGUAUGCAACA